AUGACCGAUUCUGAACAACGACUAGCCGAAAUUGAAUCGAUUGCCGCGAUUUUCCCCGAUCUUUUAGAGGAAUCAACGGAAAAACAAUUGAUAUUUGAAUUCGAUCGGAAUAUUAGCAUGACGAUAACAUUGCCAGAUGAUUAUCCUUCUACAUCACCACCAAUAUUCGAACUGAGUGGACCAUAUUUGCGACGAGAGCAAAAAGAGAUUCUUCACAAUAAUUUGAAUGAUAUCUACGUGGAGAAUAUCGGAUUUCCAGUGAUUUUCAAUUGGAUUUCACUGAUUCAAGAUUUUAUUCAAGAUUUGCCACCAGAAGAACUCGAAACUUCGGAAUCCGAUUCACCAGAUGACGUGGCAAAUUCAGUGAUUCCAGAAGAAAUCGAUGAUAUGAAUAUCCAGCAUGGAGAAGUGUUCACUGAUCGAAAAAGUGCAUUUCAAGCACAUUUAGCAGUUGUUAGAAGUAAAAAAGAUGUCGAUCGAGUGAUGCAAAUUCUCUUGUCAAACUCGAAAAUCUGCCGGGCGACUCAUAAUAUAACAGCGUAUCGAUAUACUGGUGAAGUUAAUGGAAAACUGAUACAUUAUCAUGAUUGUGCGGAUGACGGAGAGCACGGAGCCAGUUCGAAAAUGUUGGAAUUGAUGGAUCGAAUGAAGGCGGAUAAUGUUAUGGUCGUCGUGACUCGCUGGUACGGUGGAAUCCAUCUGGGACCCGAUCGCUUCCGACACAUCAAUAAUUUAACGCGACAAAUUUUAUCGGAUAAUAAUUAUGGACUCAAAAAGUCUUAA